AUGAGCGAGGGUAGCAGUCUCAAGUCUUUCCGAGACCUCAGGCUCAUCGGCAAGGGAUCAUUUGGAAGAGUCUAUCGCUGUAUCAGAUGCUCCGACAACCAGGAGUACGCGAUCAAGGAGGUCAACAUCAAGUCAAUGUCGCAGCGAGAGAGGGAGGAUGCAGUGAACGAGGUCAGGAUUCUUGCGUCAGUCAAUCACAACAUGGUCAUCAGAUAUUAUGAUGCUUUCAUCGAGAAUGAUAGACUCUUCAUUGUUACUGAGCUUGCAAGGGGUGGGGACAUCGGGGCUAAGGUCAAACGGCACGCAGCGAGAAAUGAACCGAUGAAUGAAGACAUGAUAUGGGGAUUCUUUAUACAGACUUGCCAAGGGUUAAGGUCAUUACACUCUGCAAACAUCUUACAUCGAGAUAUCAAAGCGCAAAACAUCUUUCUUGUAGCUGCUAGAGAAGUGAAGAUUGGAGACUUGGGAGUAGCAAAGGUCACGAAGGGUGGGAUGGCGUACACUCAGAUCGGAACUCCAUACUACAUGUCACCCGAGAUCUGGAGGAGAAGGCCUUACAACAAGAAAUCCGACAUCUGGUCUGUGGGAUGCCUCUUGUACGAGCUAGCAGCCCUCAAGCAUCCAUUCGAAGCGCGGGAUGAACGCAGCCUGGCUGAGAAGGUGAUUCGGGGAGUGUAUCCGUCAAUACCUGCUACAUACAGUCAAGAUCUCUCGAUCAUGGUCAACCUGCUCCUUCAAGUAGACCCAGCAAAGAGACCAACAGUCGACGACAUCCUGUGA